AUGGAAGGACUAAAUGACAUACUCAGAACAGCCCAAAUAAAAGAAUGGAUAAGAGGUUUCAAUGCCAAGAUGAAUGAUAGACAGGGCAUGGCCAUAUCACAUUUACAAUAUGCCGAUGACGCUCUGAUUUUUUGUGGUGCAGAGAGCUUCCAACUAAAGCAUAAGCUGGACUAUGCCAAGGAGCAUCAAAGAGGCUCUAGCUUGCUGGAACAGAGAUGGGAAUCAGUCGGGACUCGGGACACAGGGAGAGAUGGAAGAUUGUCGCAGCCUGCAUUUGGUGGACUUUAUGGAUGGAAAGGAACCAGAGAUGUUUCGAAAACAAGAUUCAUCUGCAGAUCAUUUCAAGUUGGAAGAGAAAAAUAUCACGUGCCAUGGCUGUUUGUGAUUAAUCGGAAGAGUUCUGAGGUUCCAAUGAUUGAUGUGCAUUUGAGGUAUUCUGGAGGUGAUUUGCUUGGUGUUACUGCUAAGGUCAUUGAUAUGCCUCAUCACUAUAUUGAACUUCAUCCUGAUAUAGGCAAACACUUUUGGGAUCCUCAACACUGGCCAAAGCACGUGCUUGCUAGAUAUACAUGGGAAGAGCAGUCGGAGAUAGAUGUGGCGUCGGGAUUUUAUGUUCUCUUGGGGUCAGGGGUUGUGCUUUCCUUCAUCCUGGCUGUCUACACUUUGCAGUCGUCUCGAGAUAAGUUGGAAAAGUUUGUGAGGGAGACUGUUGCUGAGACCAGCAUCCCUGGCGUAGUAGUGGCAAAAGUUGAAUGAGAGAAGUUUUAUUUUAGUUAUAGACAAGUAACAUUCUGAUUUGAGUUAGAUGAUGGAAGGAUUAGGUGUACAAGUUUACGACAUCUGUUAGGGGAAAGUUAUAUAGAAGAUAGAUUCUGGAAGUAAUAGAAGCUGCUGCUUGAGUUUCCCUUAGCUGUAUUUGUUUUGCCAUCAGCCUUUUGCUUUCCAGAUUUCUGAUACACGUUUCGUCACUAAAAGGGUGACAGAAAAGCAUUUGUUAUAUUUAA